GUAACAUUCGAAAAAAAAAACAACAAAAAAAAAAGAUUUUUUUUUUUCCUUGACUUUUACGAACAUAUCGGAAAUAAAGUUAAACGGCCACAUUAAAUAAUUAAGAUAGGAACCUGAGUUUGGCGGGGAGGUUGGAGGUGAAGGGGUGAAAGGUUAGAGCGUGCGGUGUUUGACGCGGGCGGUUGAAAACAGAACCGAGGAGUCGAACCGGAGUCCAUAUUAUUAUUAGGACGAGAACCGGACCGGAGGAAAGACACACAGGCUAGAAACGAAUCGGAAACAGAGAUCCCGGUCGAAGAUGGCAGAGAGACCAGAGGACUUGAAUCUUCCGAACGCGGUCAUCACCCGCAUCAUCAAGGAGGCUCUCCCUGAUGGAGUGAAUGUCUCUAAAGAAGCCCGCAGUGCCAUCUCACGAGCAGCGAGUGUGUUUGUGCUCUACGCCACAUCCUGCGCCAAUAACUUUGCGAUGAAGGGGAAGAGGAAGACUCUGAAUGCAGGGGACGUGCUGUCAGCCAUGGAGGAGAUGGAGUUCCAGCGGUUCGUCCCGCUGCUGAAAGACUCGCUCGAGGCGUACAAAAAGGGUCAGAAGGGCAAGAAGGAGGCGUCGGAGCAGAAGCGCAAAGAGAAAGACAAGAAAACUGACUCGGAGGAGAACGACAAGAGCCGUGAAGAAGAGAACGAGGAGGAGGAGGAGAGGAUGGAGGAGGAGGAAACGAAGGAGGGAGAGGAAGAGGAGGCGGAGGAUUGAGCGAGAGUCGGUGGGGGGGGACACCUGUAUAUAUUGGAUAAGGCCGAGUCGUGUUGCAGAAAUAAGAUCCUUUUUUGUUGAUUUUUCAUCCCAAUACUUGGUGACCCCUGCUGGUCAGAUACAGAACUCCCUCUGUAGUGCUAAUUUUGACUUAAAAUAAACUGCAGUGUCAAGGGCAGCGAAUUACUAUCCCAUCCACACUACCUUAAUUAAGCAUGAUCAACAUGCACUGAAACCACCAGUCUAAUGAGUGUGAAUUACACAGGCAGUGAAUGUGGCAUUGCUGUCAACCUGUCCUAAUAAUGAGGGAGCACUGUGUUGUAAUUGCAGAUUUUAAUCCUCCCCCCCUCCCCCUCCAAAAUUGAGCUCUCAUUAGAUUACUUCCAUUAACCACGCUGGAACAGGAGCGUUCUGGUUUGUGAGAAGGAGAAAGGGCAAGGUCUCUGUAAUACUGACCUGUGCCAGGAAAUACCAAGCUGUCAAUGCAGACCUGCUGGACUGCACGUUACAUCAAUACCAGGUUUAUUAACAUUUACAGAACUCUCUUUAAACUUGAGUGAGGGGAGAUAAAUGGUGCAACUGGGGUGCUGCAGCACUCCAAAACGCAAACUUGUAAUCAGUUUCUUUUUUUUUAUAUAAAUGUAAUAGGUGUAAUUUAGUUUGGACUGACAAAUACAAAGGUUGUUCUGCACUUAUCCAUGUGCUAACUGUGAUCAUACUGUGCAAAAUGUUUUGUAAUAAACUUUUUUGUAUAUUGAA